AUGGGAACAUGGCGUAUCUUCGCUAUUCAUGCAAAAGGUGGUGCUAUGCAAAACUGUUGGGGAUUUAUUGACGGCACUGCAAGACAAAUAUGCCGUCCAUCAGUGGAGGAAGAAAAUUAUUAUUCAGGGCACAAAAGGUUCCAUUGCCUUAAAUACCAGUCUGUGCUGUAUCCAGAUGGGAUUAUUGUAGGCCUAAAAGGUGCAUUUCCAGGUCGAAGACACGAUGCUGGAAUAUUUCGGGAAUCAGGGCUAUAUAAUCAGCUAGAGCAUGUAGCUAAUUUCGGUCCUGAUGAAAAAUUUUCUUUAUAUGGAGACCAAGCCUAUGGUUUAAUGGAUUUACUAAUAACACCAUACCAAGGCAGACCUGCAGAUCUACAACCGUAUCAACAGCAGUUUAACCAGUCAAUGAAAAGGUUGAGGGUAUCUGUUGAAUGA